GCCCGGCGCGGCGCCUCGAUGUUAGUGUGAGGCGCGCGUAGUAAAAGACGUUGGGGGCCGUGUCUUAGUCGGUGACAGUUGGUCUCAGGUGCGGCGGCUGAUGGCAGCGAGGAUUGGGGCAGAGUAGACGGCUGUGAGGUAAAGAGGGGUGGGUAAGAUCAAAGAAAAGCAGGAGUAGCACCGAGCGGCUUCAUUGCGUCAGAACGAGAGUGGUCGGUCUGAGUGAGGAUCCCGCGUCGGCUAUCGGCUCGAGAAGCUUCUUGCUUUCAAAACCUGGCCACCUUUUAGGCCGUGCCUCCCAGAGGAUUGAAACAAGAGGGGAGUCCGAACAGUUUCUAGUGGUAAAUCUGGAAGGAACCAUGACAGCAGGUGGAGGAACUGAUGAUGAUAUUCCAUUGGGAGAGAGGAAGACAGUUACUGAUUUUUGUUACUUAUUAGAUAAAUCCAAACAGCUCUUCAAUGGGUUAAGGGACUUACCUCAGUAUGGUCAGAAACAAUGGCAGUCAUAUUUUGGACGUACUUUUGAUGUUUACACGAAGCUCUGGAAAUUCCAACAACAGCAUAGGCAAAUUUUGGACAAUCGGUAUGGCCUGAAGAGGUGGCAGAUUGGAGAAAUUGCUUCAAAGAUAGGACAACUCUACUACCAUUAUUACUUGCGUACUUCUGAGACCAGUUACCUGAAUGAAGCAUUUUCCUUCUACUCUGCAAUAAGACAAAGGGCCUACUACUCCCAGGUCACUAAGGAGGAUAGGCCUGAACUUGUGGUUAAAAAGCUACGGUAUUACGCACGAUACAUCGUUGUUUGUCUGCUCCUCAAUAAAAUGGACCUUGUUGGAGACCUAGUUAAGGAACUAUCUGAUGAAAUUGAAGAUUAUACACAUCGGUUCAAUACUGAAGAUCAGUUAGAAUGGAAUCUUGUGCUGCAAGAAGUAGCAGCAUUUGUUGAGGCAGAUCCUGUGAUUGUGUUAAAUGACGACAACAGUAUUGUGGUAACCUCAAAUCGUUUAGCAGAGGGAGUAGUCCCACCACUGGAACAAGGCAUGGUAGCAGGCCAGCUGGCACUAGCAGAUGCACUAAUCGUUGGAAACUGUAACAGUCAGGUUAAAUUCAGUGAGUUAACUAUUGACAUGUUCAGAAUGUUACAGGCUUUAGAACGGGAACCCAUUAACCUGGCUUCGCAAUUAAACAAGACCGGAUCACAGGAAGCAACAGAGAAACCAUCAAAACGAGAAAAUCCACACAAGUAUCUGCUGUACAAGCCAACUUUCAGUCAACUGUAUACAUUUCUUUCUGCAUCGUUUAAGGAGCUGCCUGGAAAUAGCGUCCUCCUGGUCUAUCUGUCAGCUACUGGUGUGUUUCCUACAGGCCGUUGUGAUUAUGAAGGUCCAUAUGAUUUUGGUGGGGUGCUGACCAACAAUAAUCGUGAUGCAGGAAGCAUGGAAGUAAUGCAAAAACGCAACAGUUCAUUUAAAGAAAUGCAUUGUCUUCAUCCUGGUGAUUUUUUCCCUUUCACACGAAAACCAUUGUUUCUAAUUGUGGACUCUUCAAAUAGCAUAGCAUAUAAGAACUUUGUCAACUUAUUUGGCCAACCCCUAGUCUGCUUGCUUUCUCCAACAGCAUAUCCCAAAGGUUUACAAGAUCAAACUCAACGUGGCAGCCUUUUCACCCUCUUUCUGUACAAUCCUCUGAUGGCAUUUCUGUUUAUGUGUCGACUCACAAGUAUGAGAAAAGGAAUGUGGGAUAAAUGUCAGGAAUACCUCCAUAAGAUAUAUAGGGAUAUAGCUCACCUGCUGACUAAAUCACGGACUGUGGAUCAAGCAUUCCUUCAGUUUUUUGGUGAUGAUUUUCUUCGAUUAUUGUUGACCCGGUUUGUUCUCUGCUCUGCAACCAUGAGACUUCACAAAAUGUUUAGGGAAACUCGGAAUUACCCAGAAACCUAUCCACAGUUGCAGAAAGAAGAUAGUGUGGAGAAUCCUGCACUCCAGAAUCACAUUCUAGAACUGGCUUCCAUGCUGGAUGUUAGAAGCCUUUUCCUGGAAAAGACCACUGCUGAAUAUUAAGUGCAAAGCUGAAAAAUAAAUUUAACAAUUUCUCUGAAGUCAUUGAUUCUGAAGAAGAUAUUUUUCUUUGCAUCUACCGAUUUGGAUAAUUGAAACAUUGUUAUUCAAGCAGAAUUAUUUUCGAUCAAACAAAUUCUCAAAGACUGAUGUAUUUGGCACAAUUAUUUUCUGUAAUUAUGUGUUCCAUGGUCAGUGUACUAAGUGUAUUGUGAAAACAAAACAUUAACACAGUAAGAUACAAUUUUAAAAAUGAUUUUUAAACAAAACAUAGCUAAACAGGGCAUUUACUACAAAAGCAAUAGGAGCUUUUUGACUGGUUCAUUUAUCCAUCCUAUGUUAUGGUUAAACUCUAGAUGUCAAUAGGGUUUUGAGUGUUUUAUAAGUUACUCCUGGCAGUAAUACAUGGAAGAAAAAUUUAACUAUU